UCUGUCACCGCCUCCUUCUCUUCCUCGGAUUUUCCGCGAUAUCUACGCACGAGCCGCAGUCUCUGCCUUCGAGUCUGCCCCUAUACGUGUCCGGGAUAUGUUUCUCUAAGUUUAUUGCGUCUAUGCGGGGGGGACCCUACUUUUCGGCCAGUGCUCUCUCACCAGUGCAGCUUCAUCUAUUUUCUCGAGUUUUUCCACCUUGCGGAUAUUGGUCAGUGCACUGAUCAUGACAACAAACAGUGUAUAAUAUCCGUGGGCCAACGAGCGACGUACGUAGUGGUCUGGUUUUCUAGGGAUAAAAUAUAGGGUCCACUGACAAGAGACUUGGCCUAUAGAUGAUGAGGUACAAGCAAGCCGAUUUUGAGGAUGACAACACCAGCAGUAUCGGCUCGGUCGUAUUGAAUAGCGAUCAGACCAGCACAUCUGCCACUCACAUACGCUAUCACACGGGAACCUCACUAUGUCGGCAGGGGACGGUUCUCGAGAGACUAUUGCUGUCAGUAUCUCUGUUUUUCUUGUUUAUAAUUGUUCUGCUCUUGUUGGUGCUUGUUCACAAACACUCGGACCAGAUUCGGAACCUUCAUCACGGAAUGCUGUACAGCGAAGAAAACUCGCACUGCAUAACAGAGCACUGUGUGACAGUGGCGGCCUCGAUAAUAAACAGCAUAGACCCCUCGGUCUCACCUUGCGAUGACUUCUAUCAGUAUGCCUGUGGCGGCUGGAUUAAGAAAAAUCCUAUACCAGACGGUAAAAGCAUGUGGGGUACUUUUGGCAAGCUCGAGCAGGACAAUCAGCUGGUCAUAAAAAAUGUGCUGGAAAGAUCCUUCGCGGACAUGAAGUCAAAGAGCGAGAAAAAGGCCAAGUUGUUUUACUUGUCGUGCAUGGACGCGAACGAGACGAUAGAGUCACUGGGCGCCAAACCAAUGCUCGAUCUGCUGGACAGUAUCGGCGGUUGGAGCGUAAGUGGGAAAUUCGAUUUGAAAACUUGGUCGCUCCAGGAGAGCAUGCACGUGCUGCAAAACGUGUACAACAUGGGUGGCUUGUUUUCUUGGGCGGUCAACGAGGACGAUCGCAACAGUAGCACUCACAUUAUUCAGAUUGAUCAGGGUGGUUUGACGUUACCAACAACCGACAGUUACUUGAACAAAACGGAGCACGGCAAAGUUUUGGCAGCUUACUUGGACUACAUGACACAGAUCGGAGUCUUACUCGGUGGCCAAGAGAACGCAACGAAGAAACAAAUGCAAGACAUCAUCGACUUCGAAACGAGGAUCGCUGAAAUCACGAUACCCCAAGAAGAAAGGAGGGACGAGGAAAAGUUGUACAACCUCAUGACGAUAGACGAACUGCAAGCUAAGGCCCCGUUCAUGUCCUGGCUCGAUUACUUCCAAAAUGCGACUCGAUUGGUGAACAAGCGCAUCAGCGGCAAGUUGAAAAUCGUCAACUACGCACCCGAGUACUUCAGGAAGUUGACGAAUCUGGUUCAGAACUACCAAAAAACGGACGAUGGAAAAUUGACGCUCAACAAUUACCUGGUGUGGCAGACCGUCCGAACGCUCACCUCUUGUUUGUCAAAGCCGUUCAGGGACGCGUACAAAGUUUUGCGCAAGGCGCUGAUCGGCUCCGAGGGCAGGGAGGAACAGUGGAGAUACUGCGUGACCGAUGCCAACAACGCCAUGGGCUUCGCAAUCGGGGCCAUGUUCGUCAGGGAAGUUUUUCACGGCAAGAGCAAGCCGAUGGCCGAGGAAAUGAUAAACGAAAUAAGGACGGCUUUCACGAAGAAUCUGAAAAACCUGGACUGGAUGGACGGGGAGACGCGAAAAUCCGCGGAGGAGAAGGCCAACGCCAUCACCGACAUGAUCGGAUUUCCGAAUUUCAUCCUUAACCCCGGCGAGCUUGACGAGCGCUACGACGACCUGGAAAUCAAGCAGGGCGAGUAUUUCUUCAACAACAUUCGCGUGAACAAGUACAAUCUGGUGAAGAAUCUCGAAAAGCUCAAUCAGCCGGUUAACAAGACCACUUGGAUAAUGACGCCACCCACGGUCAAUGCCUACUACACCCCGACGAAGAACCAAAUUGUCUUCCCCGCUGGGAUACUCCAGGGCCCGUUUUACGACAUGAAGAACCCGAGCAGCUUAAAUUUCGGGGGCAUGGGGGUCGUCAUGGGGCACGAGCUGACGCACGCUUUCGACGAUCAGGGUCGAGAAUACGACUUGCACGGAAAUCUGCACCAGUGGUGGAACAACGCGACGAUAGGCCGCUUCAAGAACCGAACCGAGUGCUUCGUCAAUCAGUACGGCAAUUUCGAGAUUGAGGGCCGGCACGUGAACGGCCGCCAAACGCUGGGAGAGAAUAUCGCCGACAACGGGGGUCUGAAAGCCGCGUACCACGCGUACUUGACGACGCACAAGAGCUACGAGGAUACACUAGCGUUGCCUGGACUUAAUUUGACGCAUCGACAGUUGUUUUUUGUUAACUUCGCUCAGGUGUGGUGCUCAGCCGUGACGUCAGAGGCGAUCGGCCUCCAGAUCGAGAAGGACUCGCAUUGUCCGGCGAAAUUCCGGGUCAUCGGGCCUCUGUCGAAUCUAGAUGACUUCUCCGCCGAGUUCAACUGUCCAAGGGGCUCGAAAAUGAAUCCGGUGCACAAGUGCGAGGUAUGGUAAAACGUACGGCGGCAGGAACAAGGGGUUCUCCGAAAGUCGAGGCACCGCUUGAGAUAUGGGCUAUAACGUGGGAGGCGAGUAAGAGAGAAAUCGCUCGCUGCUACAAUAAUAACGAUACACCUCGGGGCUGAGUUUUUUUUAUCAAGCAUCGAUUGUUGACCUCCGAUGCGAAGCCCUUGUUGUUUGAGAAAUGCAUGAAAAAGGUACGAUAAAGCGUGUACCCAUGAGAUCGAAUUUAUCGUGCUCAGAUGAGAACAAAGAUGUUGGAAACGCUUUCGUGUGAGGAUUGUAUGGGCACGGUAUGACGAGAUGCUGAGUUUGAACGUAAGGAAAACAAUAGUAUUGCAUAGGCUCUGAUUUAUCGAGACGAGGCCGUUUUAAAAUUUUUUAGACCAUAAUUUUUUGCACACGGUACGAAUUACAAAUAAUUAUGAAAGAAAACUGCCUUAUAUUUUCGACAAACUUCGCGUCGCCGACUUCACUUCUGUACUUUUCCAUUUUUAUAUACACCCUCUUACAUUUUUCAUUUUGGACAGAAAAUAUGAGUAGAGGUGAGGAGGACGAGAGAGAGGGAGAGAAAUAUGGGGCGAAUUUAUUUAUACCGUAAUCGUCUCGCCAAAACAGAGCAAAAUAUAGUCAAAGUGCUGUCAAGUCGUUUCUGCAGGCAGGAUAGGAUUAAGCUUACAUAAUUUAUUUUUAGCAAAAUUGAUGUAAAGACCAAUGUGAAAGAUGUUGAUAUCUUAGAAUUAUACAAAGAGUAAAAAUAGUUUACCGUUAAACUAGUAUACUUUAUUAACUUGCGUGUGCUGAUAAAUGUUUUUAGAGUAUAAAUAAUAUUUUUGAAUAAAUGUAUUUUUAAUAUUUUGCCAAAAUUUGUCAAAAAAUACUAAAUGUUUAUUAAGUUGUGGAUCUGAACGCAAGUACACUGUGAUAGUUUUACCAAUAUCGGGUAUAAAGAAACUGCGGAUGAAAUGUAACUUACAAUUGUUUAAUCAACUUUUUUUGCCAUCAGUUUCUCUUAAGUAUCCAAAUGUGUAUAUUCAAAAUAAUAAGAAAAAACUUAUUUUUUUAAAUAUAAAGAUUUUUGAUAAUAGCUUAUGGUAUAUUUAUCUAUAGGAGUACAUGAUUAUUGUAACAUCUCAGUAAAAUUGUGUAAGGUUUGUUUUUCAUACUUAAAAAGUAUACCAUUUUCAACAUUUUCGAGAAAAAUAUCUAUUCCAGAUUUUUCUCACUAAAAAUAUGAUUUUUGUAUUCCUUUGGAUGUAAAAAAAUCUUACAAGGAAAUUAACCUAAAAAUUAGAAGGAAUAAUAGUUUACAUACCUGGUGGAGCACAUCACCGGAGCGAGCACUAGGCCCAAGGGACCUGCAAAGCAGGACUCCUUGUGUUUGCCCUGAUUGGAUGAGCACCAGGUGCGAAUCCUAUUUUUCCUACCGAGGGCGCACUCAACGUCUAAAUGUUUAAAAAAAACGCCCAAAGUAGGAAAACAAUUUUUUUUCUCAGGUUUCCUGUAAUACUAAAUUUUUCUCUCCUAAAUGUUUGUUGAAUUUGGUAUUUUUUAUUUACAAAUCAUUUAUAAAUGAUUCUUUUUAAUACUUUAACCAAGAAAAAAAACUAAUCAUGUUUUGUAAUGCAGUAUUUUUUGUCAGAGAAAAUAGAAAAAGUUUUUGAUUAAUUGAUAGUAACACAGAAUUUUCUCUGAAGUUGAUUUUAUACAAAGCAUGAACAUAAAAAUAUUGUGAGAGCAGUUCAUAAUAAUAUUCAACAUUUAAUACGAAUUUUUGAAAAUAGUUAAUUAU